CUCAGAUUCUUCUCUUCCCUUCCAUAUCGCUCUCUGAAUUCUUGCAAAGAUGACGAUGGGUCCUCCUCCGCCUCGAAGCCCUAACCCUUCCAAUCCUGAUACGGAGCCCGUUGACGACGAUAAAUUGAGAGCUCCGAUGGGUCCUCCCCCGGAAAGAGAGGCGUCUGAGAACCCUGAACCUAGACCUACCUCUGAUUCUACUCCGGGAGAAGCCCCUAACAUUGCAGUUCCUUACACUAUUCCACUUUGGAGUGAAGCUCCCUGCCAUCCUUUCUCUCUCGAAGUUCUCAAAGAAGGCCAUAUUAUUGACCAAUUCGAUGUGUCCAAAAAGGGGGCUUACAUGUUUGGGCGUGUAGAUCUUUGCGACUUUGUCCUUGAUCACCCAACUAUUUCCCGAUUUCAUGCCGUUCUUCAAUUCAAGAAGGAUGGAGACGCUUACCUUUAUGACCUUGGCAGUACACACGGUACUUUUGUCAACAAGAAGCAGGUGAAGAAAAUGGUAUACACUGAGUUGCAUGUUGGUGAUGUGAUACGAUUUGGCCAAUCAUCUCGAUUGUAUAUAUUUCAAGGACCAUUAGAGUUGAUGCCACCAGAAGCUGAUUUAAAAAAUAUUCGAAAUGCUAAGAUUAAAGAGGAGAUGGAAGAUCGUGAAGCUUCUCUUUUACGAGCCAGAGUUGAAGCCUCUCUUGCAGAUGGUAUCUCAUGGGGAAUGGCUGAUGAUGCAAUUGAAGAGAUUGAGGAGGAUGUUGAAGAAGUAACUUGGCAAACCUUCAAAGGUCAGCUUACUGAGAAGCAGGAGAAGACCCGUAACAAAAUCAUUAAAAGAGCAGAGAAGAUUGCUAAUAUGAAGAAAGAAAUAGAUGCUAUUCGAGUAAAGGACAUAGCUCAAGGUGGGUUAACGCAAGGCCAACAAACUCAAAUUGCUCGAAAUGAACAAAGAAUAGCUCAGAUUAUGGAGGAGCUUGAGAACUUGGAAGAGACCCUGAAUGAAAGUAUCCAAGAAAGUAUUGGUGCACGAGCUGGAAAAACGGUUCAUGGUAAGAUGAAAGGAGAUGUAGAGGAUGAAGAAGAAAUUCCUAGUGAUGAGGAUGAGUUCUAUGAUCGGACAAAGCAGAAGCCUGCCAUCCAAACGAGUGGUGACCACCAGUCGAUUGAGACAGCUGAGACUCUUCUUGAUAAGAAGGACACUAUCACUAAAGAAAUGGAAAAAAAGAGGGAGCUACUUUUGACUGAGAAGAGUAGAACUGUACCAGAGACUGAAGGUGGAGCUGAGGGUGGUGAUUCCCUUGAUGCUUACAUGACUGGGCUUUCGUCUCAACUUGUGCUCAACACAACAAUGCAACUUGAGAAGGAAUUUUCUGUUCUGCAUUCUGAAUUGGACAGGGUUGUCUACUUGUUGAAAAUUGCCGAUCCAACUGGAGAAGCUGCUAGGAAAAAAGAUUUCAGAAUGCAGGCAUCAAAAUCUAAUCAACAAGAUAUUCCCAAGUCUAGCACCAUGAAGCAGCCUGCGGUGAAAAAGAAUAAAAGCUCGGUUUCAGAAAAAGUUGAAAAUGGCUCCUUGAUGCAUGGAACUCCAAAUGCUAGUACAGAUGCAAGUAAGCCACCAGAGACUGAUAACAAUGCCUCUGACUCUAUAGAUAGCAAAGCACCUGCAUACACUGUUACAAAGCCUCUGUGGCUUGGGGCUACUCUGGACAGAGAGGUAAAAGAGAUUCAACAAGAAACUCCAUUAAAUAUACCCGAAUCUGAUAAGUUUGUUGACUACAAAGAUCGAAAGAAGAUCCUUGGUGCUGUAGAUGAUGCUCUGCAGAAAAAGGAGUCUGAUUUGGAAAGUGCAGGCCCUGGUCUAAUAAUAAGGAAACGAAAGCAGGUUGAAAAGCAUGAAGGGGGUGACACUAGGGCUCCUGAACAGUCAACAUCUGUUACAACUGAAGCUGAAGCCUCAGCUGCAGAUGCUGUGGCGCUUCUGUUAAAGCACACACGUGGAGUUAUUGCGUCAGAGGAUGAUGGAAUAGAUGAAAACCAAAACAUCCAAGCUGGGACUCAACCUAGAAAAGAUGGUUCGAAGUCCAGUCAACCUAGAAAGGAUGGUUCGAAGUCCAGAAGAGUGCUUGGUCCUGAUAGACCUUCCUUUCUUGACAGUAGUAGUCCAGAUUAUGAAUCAUGGGUGCCUCCUGAAGGACAAUCAGGUGAUGGACGUACUUCAUUGAAUGAUCGUUAUGGAUACUGAUUCAGUCUCUGAUUUUCUUCUGCUUGAUCUAACCUUAAUACUUUUUAUCGAACUACCGCACACCCAAUCUAUGUUUAGAUAUGCGCUCUACACCUGGUAUAAGGUAUUCACAACCUUGAAGCUGAACAUGUUGGGUCCAAUGCUUCAAUUCAAGCUUUCCAGGUUGAAGGGCGCUCCAGGAACUCCUGCAGCUUAGUAGCUAGUUUAUAAAAUUGGUGAAGAUGCUUUAAAUGCAAGGAAAUAGUUGAAGCCAUAGACAUAAAUGCUUUGUGAAGGUCACCUCUUGAAAAAACUAGUCAUGCUUACUACAGUGUGGAUGAAUUUGAUGUGAUUAGCUUCUUCAGUAGGUGGCUUUGUAUAGUGAUGACUUUUCCAUCCUAGGUGUUGACUCUACCUCGUUCACAUCCGAUUUACCUUCUAUGGAGAGUUACCUAAUGUUUGAAGAGUUCUGCUGCCAACUCUUAACCUAAUAUUAAAAAGCUAGACCCAC